AUGUCAAAUCAAUGGCAACUGAAGGAAGAGUUACAGUUGUGUCGGUCUCAAUUAAGCAAAUUAAGUGUCGAGAGAGAUUAGGUAUUGAUCAUAUUGUCUAAAUAGACAGUAUUUGAACUAAAUAAAGUAAUUAGAUUAGUGGAGAGAUUGCAGAUUCAAAUAACUGAGAAGGAUGCUGAGAUACUGAUGCUUCAUACAUAAUUGAACGAGUAAGAACAAUAUCAUUAACAACAAUUGGAAUAAGUCAAAUCACAUUAUGAGUAUCUGAAGGAAAGCGCUAUUGCUCGGCUCAAGUCUGAAAUGAGUUUCGAUGCUGACAGCAUGAUCAAGGAACUUCGAGAGACUAAGCAGAUGUAUCAAGAGAUCUUGGAAAUGGAAGCUAAAAGGAAAUCCUCAUACUCUCAAGACGACACCCGUUCUCAAUCCAUCAAUGAUUACUAGAAACUCUAUACAGAAAAACAGGAACUCCAAUAAUUGGUCGACAAGUUGCAAAAGAUGAAAGCUAGUUAGAAAAGCGAUCAAUCAGAAGAACUCGUGUAAGAGAUACAAUAUUUACGUGAUCAACUCUAAAAAUUAACUGGCGAAUUAGAAACUGCCAAACAGACCAUAAAUGUACUCCAAGUUCAAGUUCUUAAACAGUAAGAUUUGUUGAAAGAUUACUGCACUAACGACUUUCAGGGGUGA